AUGCACCAAGGCAAUGAGAGUCUGCCCCAGGACUUUCUCCUGCUGGGCUUCCCCGGGUCCCAGGGCCUGCAUCUCUCUCUCUUUGUUCUGUUCCUGCUGAUGUACCUCCUCACGGUGGGUGGCAAUGUGGCCAUCCUGCUGCUGGUGGUAAGCUCCCCCCAGCUCCACACCCCCAUGUACUUCUUUCUGAGCAACCUCUCUUUCCUAGAGAUCUGGUAUACCACAGCAGCAGUCCCCAAAGCCCUGGCCAUUCUGCUGGGGAAGGACCGGGCAAUAUCAUUUGUGGGAUGCCUCUUGCAGAUGUACAUGGUUUUCUCCUUAGGCUGUACAGAGUACUUCCUGCUGGCAGCCAUGGCCUAUGACCGCUACCUCGCCAUCUGCUGCCCUCUGCACUAUGGUGCCAUCAUGAGCAGCCUGCUAUCUGCGCAGCUGGCACUGGGGUCCUGGGCCUGUGGUUUCCUGACCAUUGCAGUACCCACUGCUCUCAUCAGCACAUUGUCCUUCUGUGGCCCUCGUGCCAUCAAUCACUUCUUCUGUGACAUUGCCCCCUGGAUCUCCCUAGCCUGCAGCAGCACCCAAGCAGUGGAGCUCGUGUCUUUUGGGAUUGCAUUCAUGGUCAUCUUAAGUUCUUGCCUCAUCACCCUGGUGUCUUACGUCUACAUCAUCAACACCAUCCUCAGGAUCCCAUCUGCCAAUGGCCGAAGCAAAGCUUUCUCCACCUGCUCCUCCCACCUCACUGUGGUGCUAAUCUGGUACGGAUCCACCAGUUUCCUCCACAUCCGCACCUCCAUCACAGACGCUCUGGACCUGACCAAAGCGGUCCACGUCCUCAACACAGUGGUGACCCCAGUCCUGAACCCCUUCAUCUAUACACUCCGCAAUAAGGAAGUGAGAGAAAGCCUGCUGAGGAAAUGGAGAAGGAAGUAGAUCUCUUCAGCACAGCAAAGUCUACAAACACUGUCCUUUAUCUUCCCAGAGCUGCCAGCAAGACAGUCAAGGACCAGAGAAAACCUUUAAUUCAGGGA